AUAUCUUGCUUUCAGUAAAAAUCUUCCGUCGAGAUUUUCCUUAGUGUUGAGCCGUCCCAUUUCGAGUAUUUUAUAAAGAUCCCCAAUUGGUUUUGUUUAAGCUUGGAGUUAUUACUUUCAGUUAGUUUGUAGUCCUAUAGUUGAGCUGAAGAAAGAUCUCAGUCUAGUUUUCGGAUUCGUGGAAGUCUGGUCUUUGUUGUCCAACUACUAGUUCAAGGCUUCUUUUAAACCCAGACAAGCAUUUAGAGCUUGUCUGGGUGUUCAUUUGGAGUACAUAGGAAGAGCUUAGAGAAAUGGAGGGAAAAAAUGAUAUGGAUAAGGUAGAUGAGGUGAUGCUUCCAGGUUUCCGGUUUCAUCCAACUGAUGAGGAGUUGGUAGGGUUCUAUCUGAGGAGAAAGAUACAGCAGAAGCCUCUUUCCAUUGAGCUCAUCAGACAACUGGAUAUCUACAAAUAUGAUCCAUGGGACCUACCAAAGAUGGCGGCAACAGGAGAGAAGGAAUGGUAUUUCUACUGUCCGAGAGAUAGAAAAUACCGCAACAGCGCGAGGCCCAACAGGGUUACCAGCGCAGGAUUCUGGAAAGCCACUGGAACAGACAGACCAAUCUACUCAACUGAGGGAGUGAAAUGCAUAGGUCUGAAGAAAUCACUUGUAUUCUACAAGGGAAGAGCAGCAAAAGGAAUCAAAACUGAUUGGAUGAUGCAUGAGUUCAGACUACCAUCUCUUAGUGAUCCCACAAUUUCCAAAAGGCCAAUGGAUAAAAACUUCAUUCCUGCCACUGAAGCAUGGGCCAUUUGCAGGAUCUUCAAAAAGACCAACACUGCAGCACAAAAAGCACUCACUCAUUCCUGGUUCUCCUCACUACCAGAAGCUACAGAUUUUCAUAAGUAUUCUCUACCCUAUGUCACAAAUGGUGCACAAUUUGGUUCAGAGAACAUCUCUUGCAAAACAGAAAUUGGUUCUUUGAUUCAGUUUGGCUGCAGCAGUGGAUUGGAGCAACAUACUUAUCCUUCCUUGGAUGUUACAAACUUCAAGCAAUUCAACUUAGUCAGCUGUAUGUCACCUGAAAUGGCCACAAGCUUCACGUUCUCGCCACCAGAAACAUCAACUGAUUCUAAGCCUUUAAUAGAUGCCACCUCCAUGCUUCUCAAUGUAUCCUCUGCAGUACUUCAAGAUAUGGAGAAACCUUCUCCAAGCAUCGACUUCGGACAGCAGCAGCAGUCUAAUGGAUUUACUGUUACUUUUCCUUUAGAAGAUAAUGGGAACUUGGGAAUUGAAGAAGAAGAUAUGAUGUACAAGAAGACGGUGAGCAGCAUAUGCGAUCGUAAUACUCACUGGGGAAAUAUGAGGUAUAUGAACUUUCCCUUCAACCUGGCACCAAAUCCUUCUGAUGAGUGGAAGCCAAAUCUUCCAUGGGAUUCUGUAUUUUUCCCAAGUGAGAUUUCAAUGGGUUACUCUUCCCAAAAAAAUGAUACAUAAACUUGUUUCGUGCCCUUCGUCUGUUAGCAUUUCUGUUAGGAUGGACAGUCAUAUUGUGUGUGGAGACGAGGCUAUAGAUUGAUGUAUACUCACUGAAAACGUGUUAACAGCAAAGCUAACAGAUUGAGAAGGAAAUAUAUUUCCAUGUUUCUUAGAUAACUCUGUCUAAAUUAUUUUC